AUGACGCUCAUAAACGGUGGUGCGCACGUGGGCCAAAAAAUCUGGGACAAAUUGAUCACUGGCUUUUUCACGAAUGCAGCCACUGCAUCAUUCACGUCGCGAGGGUUCUUGAGGGGAUGGCGAAGGACGCUCGUCGACGCGCUGAAUCCAAAUAAAUACAAUGCAUCACCAGCUGCCUCAGCUUCCAUUGGUGCUAGAAGCAGCACUCACCUUCACUUCUCUCUUCGUGUUCUAGGGUAA